AUGGUACCAGAAGAGAUUUCUACACUGUUUGUGGUUGGAUUUCCUGAAAAUAUGCAAGAGCGUGAAUUUCAGAAUAUGUUUAUGUUUUCUCCUGGAUUUGAAGCAGCUACCUUAAAAGUUCCUAGCGUCAUGAUGGGCGUGAUCGAGGAAGACAGCCGGAAACAGAUAAUUGGAUUCGUAAGGUUUCGUACCCGCUUAGAUGCUUUGGAUGCUAAAGCGAUACUAAACGGUAAAAGGAUUGAUCAUGAAAAAGGCAGUGUACUCAAAGCAGAACUUGCUAAAAAAAAUCUCCACACGAAAAAAGAAUUACAACAACAAACAAUUAAAACUCCAUACGAAGCAUUUUAUUCAGUACACAGCAAUGGUAAUAGUGGUGAAAAUUCACCUUGUUCACCACCUCAUCAUCAUAUUAUACCUACUUGCACUAGAUCAUCAUCAUUUCCCCAUAAUAGUCGGUAUUCAUCCAAAAGUUUGAUUGACCAAUUCGGCAUAAUGGGUAAUAAAAAAGCCUCAACUAUUUAUCCAACCACCACCCUAUCAUCUUCUUCAUUGGCCUCUUCAUCCUCUUCUUUUGUUGAACAUCCUUUUUUACUGUCUAAACUUUACAAAACAACAUCCCCACCGUCACACAACGAUAACCAAUUAACUCUGUCUUCCACUUCGACUCCUACCUUGGACAAUCCAACAGAAUAUUACCGCAUUGAUCAGAACCCACCUUGUAAUACAUUGUACGUUGGUAAUUUACCAAUGAAUACAAGCCAAGACGAGCUGAGAUCCAUGUUCAGUUCGUGUCCUGGGUUUAAGAGACUUUCCUAUAAAGUAAAGUCUAACGGUCCCAUGUGCUUUGUUGAAUUCGAGGAUGUUCCAUAUGCAACUUUAGCGUUGCAAGAAAUGCACGGCAAUCUAUUAUCUAAUUCUAUCAAUGGUGGUAUUCGACUAUCUUACAGUAAAAAUCCCUUGGUAAGGUUUACACCUAUCACACGAUAA